AUGCUUUCUCGCAAUGGUGCUAACUUCUGGAAAGAAGGGCAGUCCGCUGCACCUGGCCAUGCGGUGAGCAUGGCAGACCCUACAGACCUGAAUCUCGAUGCACCAAGCGACCUGCAAGAUAUCCCCGAUCUGUCCCCAGUAGACGACCUCGUCCCGCCGCCUGAGGGCACGUAUCCUGAUAAAGCGUCGUUGAUUGCAUCGGUACAUGCUCACGCGAAGGCUCACGGGUACAAUGUUGUGGUCAAGUCAUCGAGCACGCCCACCGAGAAGAAGCCAGGGCGGACCGCGAAGGUUUGGCUGAGAUGCGAUCGCGGAGGACAGUACAGGCCCCGAAAUGGGUUGACAGAGGAGACUCGUAAACGUAAACGGACGUCGAGGUUGAUGGACUGCCCGUUCAUGCUAGUGGCGGCUGGCAACCCGGGCAUCUGGACGCUUACUGUGUUGAAUCCGUCUCAUAACCAUGGAGCCAUAGUGGAUAAACCGCGACAAACGCCUCACCACCGUGUCAAAAAGGGGCAGGUUACUGCUGUACCAUACGACUGGCCUCAUGAUGCUACUUUUACCCCCUUCACCACGGCUCUGGUAGUCGUGGACAUGCAGCGGGAUGUAUGCUCGCAAGAAGGGUACAUGGCGUAUCAAGGCUAUGAUGUCACUCCUGCAAUGGCUCUAAUUCCUAAAAUCAGACGGCUGCUAGACGCGUUCCGCGCAGCUGGCUUCCCAGUUUACCAUACCCGCGAAGGGCAUAGGCCGGAUUUGUCUACCCUCUCUACUCGAGAGAACUUCCGCUCCCACAACAACCCCACAGCCACCGGGAUCGGGUCCACAGGUCCACUAGGACGCUUUCUCAUCCGCGGUGAGCCGGGCCAUGAUAUCGUCCCAGACCUCUACCCACUGGAGGGAGAACCUGUUGUCGAUAAGCCAGGUCGUGGUGCCUUUGCGCACACGGACUUUGAACUUUUGUUACGUAACAAAGGUAUCAAGAACCUUGUCAUUGUCGGUAUGACAACUGACGGAGCCGUAGCCAGCACUUUGAGAGAAGGCUGUGAUAAAGGGUUCGACUGCUUGCUACUGGAAGAUGGUGCAGUAGCACUCGAUCACACUCUUCACCUCGGUGCUUGCAAUAGUGUGAAGAUGGAAGGUGGCUUACUCGGUGCUACAUCACGUAUAGAUGACCUUGUUCAUGCCGUGGAUAACUUCAAGAACCUCCUGGUGAAGAAGAUGGCGCCACAGAUGAUGGUAUCCUGA